GUUUUGGCGGGAAUAUGAAACCGACGACAUCCGCCCCCAAACCCAAGCUAGGGUUUCUUCUCUUCUCGGGGUGAUGCUUGCUUUCUUCGUUCUCUAAUCUACCUCGAGGACGCGACGAACGAAUCAAUUUUGUUCGGACGUCUGAUGAUGUUGGAGGGGUCUGCCUUGGCCCCGGCCGAAUCGAUCCUAGACGCCAUCUCUAGGAUCCGAUUCGCGCCGCAAACCAAUGACCUCCUGGUCGCCUCUUGGGACGGAAUUAUUAGGCUGUAUGAUGUGGAUCGUGACGUCCUCAGAUUUAAAACAUCUUCGAAUGGAGCACUUCUGGAUUGCUGCUUUGAGGAUGAAAGGGCUGCGCUUUCAGCUAGUUCUGACGGUUGUAUUCAGAGGUACGACUUCUCUUCAGAGUCCCAAAAUUUAGUGGGAAAUCAUGAUGAUUCAGUCACUUGCAUUGACCAUUCUAAGGAAACUGGUCAAUUUAUAUCAGCUGGUUUAGACAAGAAAUUAAUGUUUUGGGAUAUGCAUAUGAAAAAUGGGAGUACCAGAUGCACAAAAGAGGUAGAUUCAAAUGUAUGGUCUCUGUCACUUUGCCAUUUCUAUCUAAUAGCUGCUGUUGGAAACAUGAUUAGCACCUAUGACUUGAGAAACUUAAGCGGGACAGUUCAAAUGAAAAAAUCCCCAAUGAACUAUCAAAUAACAUGUGUUCGCUCAUUUUCUGACAAGGAAGGAUAUGCAAUUGGUUCAGUUGAUGGUUGUGUUGCACUAGAGCAUCUUGAUCCUUCCAAGUCAUCUGAGAUGAGGUGUAUCUUCAGAUGCCAUCCAAAAUCAAGAAGUGGAAGAUAUAACAUGGUUGCCAUAAACGACAUAGCAUUUCAUCCAUGCUCUAAAACCUUUGUUUCAGGAGAUAAUGAAGGCUAUGCUAUUGUCUGGGAUCUGCAAAGCAAGAAGAGACUUUGUGAGCUCCAAAGAUAUCCUUCCAGUGUCUCAUCUUUAUCAUACAACCAUAGUGGUGAGAUUUUAGCAAUUUCAUCCAGCUACACGUACCAGGAAGCAAAUGAAGUAGAAGAACCCCCUCAAAUAUUCAUCAGCUCAAUGGAGAACAUUGUAAAACAAUCUUGUUUACCUAAUAUUUCAGCAGAGGAACCGAUGUUGUAACUACGAAGAUUUUGCUCAGUGAGAGCAGCCUUGUUGUCUUAAGACAAACUAGUUAACUUGUAUACUAAAACAUGAAGUUGUAACACACUAAGCUUGUUGUAGACUGGUACGCUGUAAAGCAUUCUGUUGUAGUUUAAAACUUUAAGUUGGACUAUCAUUUUUGCACAGAUGAUAAUUUACGUUACUAUGGAAGUUUAAUUAAA